AUGCCACGACCAUCACGGGAUUCGUACGGCGACCAGAAGCCACCGUACUCGUACAUCUCGCUGACGGCGAUGGCGAUCUGGUCCUCGCCGGACAAGAUGCUCUCACUGAACGACAUCUACCAGUUCAUCACCGAUCGCUUCCCGUACUACCGCACCAACACGCAGCGCUGGCAGAACUCGCUGCGGCACAACCUCAGCUUCAACGAUUGCUUCAUCAAAGUCCCCCGGCGUCCGGAUCGGCCCGGCAAGGGCGCCUACUGGACCCUACAUCCGAAGGCGUUUGACAUGUUCCAGAACGGCAGCCUACUCCGACGGCGAAAGCGUUUCAAGCUGCAUCAGACCGACAAGGAGUGUCUGAACGAGGAGUUCAUUGCGCUGGCCAACAUGAACCGCUUCUUCAUGGCGCAGAGUGGUGCCCCGACGUAUCACCAUGACGCAGCGACCUCCUACUAUCCGCCCCUGUCGGAACCGCUCGGUGCCAGUCUCUCGCCGGGCAUGAUGUACGCACCGAUCUCGCCACCACUGUCUCCGCCGGAGGAUCUCGGCGGUUCCGGAAGUUUGCAGCUGGGAGGUAGCCCCUCGGGCUCGGAGUCACCGGUGGCGAGUCCGGUUGGAAUCCCGCCGGUACCGCUAACGGUGGCAUCCGCACCUUCCGUCACCAGCACAACCACCACCGUCAGCAAUCCGCCCAAACCAAAGCGAUCCUUCACCAUCGAGAGUCUGAUCGAGCCGGACAGUGCGUCCGAUUCGGAGGAGAGCAGUGCCGAACAGCGGACGACCCAGCAAUACCAUCACCAUCAGCAGCAGCAACAGCUAGAGCAGCUGCGCCAUCUAAGCCAGCAGCAGCUGAUAAGCAACAUCUCGGCGUUCAACGAGUACGCGGCCGCCAUGCAGCACCAUCACCAUCAGCAGCAGCAGCAGCAGCACCAGCAGCACCAUCAGGUGGCCGUGGCCGCCGCAGCAGCCGCCGCUGCCGCCGCCCUCGGCAGUCCCUACUCCGGCGUCCCGAUCCAUCCGCUUCUGCUACCGCUCGGCAAGAUGCAGUCGCCGGCCGCCAACUACUUCCUGCACUCGGGCGCCGCGUCCUAUCACCAUCCGCACCACCAUCACCACCAUCACCACAUGCAGGUCAUGCACCUGCAGCCCUCGCUGAACCCCUCCUCAGCGACCGGCACUCACCAUCUCCACGCACACGAGCUGGCCCAUCAGGCUCUGCGGCCAGAGCCUCCAUCGCUAGCCAUUGCCUAA